AUGUCAGAGGAGAAAUUAAUUAGAGUUGGAGGACGACUAGCCAGUUCACCUAGUAACGAGGAAACUAAGCACCCCGUCGUGCUCCCAGCAAGGCAUCCAUUCACAAGGCUUCUUCUUGAGCAUUACCACCAUAAGUUACUACACGCAAGUCCGCAAUUACUGCUUGGUACGGUGAGAUUAAAAUACUGGCCAUUGGGUGGUCGCACCGUAGCACGACAGAUUGUACAUAAUCGUCAGCGAUGUUUCAGAGUUGAACCGAAAUCAAUCCAACAGUUGAUGGGGGAGUUGCCAGCAGCGCGAGUGACUGCCGCCCGUUCGUUUUCCAAAACUGGGGUGGACUAUUUCGGUCCUAUUUAUGUGCGUCCAGGACCUCGCCGCACAGCCGUGAAGGGUUACGUUGCGGUGUUUGUUUGUAUGUGUACAAAGGCAGUGCACUUGGAGCUUGUGACAGACCUUUCUACGGAGUGUUUUCUGAAGGCAUUGCGUAGAUUCAUCGCGAGGAGAGGUAGAUGCUCGGAAAUAUUCUCGGACAAUGGUACGAAUUCCGGUGGAAAUCGAAACCAGUUGAAAUUGUUGUUCGAACUGGUACGUAGUAAGGAACACCAAGAGUGCGUGAUGAAGGAAUGUGCAAACGAAGGAAUUUAUUGGCACUUCAACCCACCGAGUGCUCCCCAUUUCGGUGGCUUAUGGGAAGCGGCAGUUAAAUCAGCUAAAUACCAUUUAGUGCGGGUUCUCGGGGAUCACGCUGCAUCUAUCGAAGACAUGAGCACUCUUCUGGCGCAAGUUGAAGGCUGUCCUAAUUCAAGACCGUUGACACCCAUGUCUGAUAACCCCUACGAUUUUGAGCCGCUGACACCAGGUCAUUUUUUAAUUGGAACAUCUCUGCAACAAUUCCCAGAUCCUGAUUAUUCCACUAUUCCCAUGAAUCGACUCAGGCAUUGGCAAGUCAUGCAAAAGAAGCUGCAGGAAUUUUGGAAGAGUUGGUACUUGGAGUACUUAGCCCAACUGCAAGGAAGAACCAAGCGUUGGCGUCCUGCAGUUCCGAUUACCGAAGGGCAGUUAGUCGUUAUACGGGAGGAAAACCUACCACCAAUUAAAUGGAAGCUGGGUAGAGUUCAAGAGGUGCAUCCUGGAGACGAUGGAGUCAUCAGGAAAUUCAGCAAUUUCAGCGCGGGCGAGGAUGUUGGCUACUUCGAAUAUCACAACCGUAGUAAAUAUCACAAACCACAGCGAACCACCCCUGUCGGUAUUCAACAACAAUUGCUGCAUGGGACGUCAGGGCGGUGCGAUGACAAGCAACUGCAUAAGUGUCACCAGCAUCAGUGCAUCAUCAUCCCGGAGGUUGCUACGGACCGUUUUCGUGAUGUUCCACCUGAAAAGAGCGGAUUUCUUUGGCGCCGGUGGCGUCUAGAGCUGAACAAAACCAGUUAG